AUGCCUGUUUCACAUAUCACCCUCACGGUCUCUCAUCUGCCGACUUCUACGUCGUUCUUUCUAUCUUGUCUGCAGCCUCUGGGUUACCAGUUCAUUGGGAGACAUGACGAUUAUAUAGGUUUCGGUCAGAAGCAGGGGGAGCCUGCUGAUUUCUGGAUGACCGAACAGAAGCCCGGAGUCCCUCCUGGUGCAGUUCACGUCGCCUUCCCAGCCCCGUCAAGAGACGCCGUCGGCUCAUUCUUCAUCAGCGCCUUAAAGGCUGGUGGAAAGAUACACGGCGAGCCCAAAGAACGGGAUUCCCGAACUGGGUAUUUCAGCGCGGCAGUCAUCGACUUCGACGGCAACAGCAUUGAAGCUGUAUACCGGCCGACCAGCAGUGGCGCAUCAGUCGUCUCCGCCGCCAGCGGACCGACAAUGGCCUUGCUGGAGAACAAAGACAACCGGUCUGUGGUCUCCAAAGUGAGCAGCAAAGCUGGCUCCGUCAAGGCCGAGAGCGUCAGAGCAGAGAGCAUUGCAUCACCAAGUCGUAUCCCGGGCUCAGUCCCACGCACCUUCGCAACAACAGUAUGGGCUCCAAACGCCUCCGCAAACUCCCCGAAAGCCGACGAUGGCAGCAAGGCAGCCAAGACGAUCGUCGGUACUCUUAUCGGUGCAGCAGCAGGCGCAGCUAUCGCCUAUGCAAUGGUCAAGGGCGAAAAUUCAUCCGCAACCGAGCAGCAAAGUCCCAUGCAAUACGUGACCAACUUUCCCCAGCUCAAGGCGGCACCCUCCCAAGCCUCUCACGAGGAAGAAGAGCCGGCCCCAAGCCAAUUUCGGGCCCUGGAAGCACCACCCCCGCGCAGCGAGUACGCCCCACGCAGCGAAUACGGCCGCAGUGAAUACGCCCGGAGUCAAUACACAGCAGCCUCAGCCCCGCGCACAACGCUCACGCGCAGCGUGACCUCCAAGAACCCGCGCGCAAGCACAAUUUACGAAGGAACAGAGUUCAUGCACGACGACCCGGGCCGCCGCGCCUCAGAGGGAAGCAUCUACAGCAUCCCGGAAGACCUCCCCUUCCGUGCAAUCGAGUACCCACCCCCGAGCAACGCCUCGCAGCAGCGCUACCCAUGCAACCCAUCGACCUUCAUCAGCAGCUAUGCAAAUGACAAGCCCCGCAACAACUCCAGUGGCAGCAUUCACAGCUCGUCAACUAUCAAGGCCUCCCAGGCCAACAUGCAGCGUCGUCACAGCCACGAUGAUAGAGAUGGAUACUCGACUCAUAGCAGCCACCACAGCCAAGUGCACAGCCAGCACACCACCUACCGCGCAGCCUCCGUCAAAUCCGCCUCAGUAUCCCCAUCCUCGCACCGCGGCGGCUCGCCCUCAGCAACCGGCAGCGCCAAAGAACCAAGCAUCGCCCCCUCAACCUCAAACCGCUCAGCCCGCAACGUCCCCCUCCCAACAGGCUCACAAACGACAACAUACUCCAGCCCAAGCAUUCACAGCAAAGACAACGGUGGCGGUAGCACAGCCAAAAACUCCCACGUCUCCGCCCGUCAAAUCCCCUUGCCCCAGGGUUCAAUCUCAACCUUCUACUCCAGCCCAAGCAUCCACAGCGGCGCCGCAGAUGGCUAUCACGGCGCCGGAGGCGAAGUAACCCGCUCCGCAGACAAAUCCUCCUACGUCUCCCUCUCCCCGCGAGACAUCUUUCUGCCCGAAAGCGUCCUCGACGUCGAUGUCAACUCGAACGUCACCCCCGAUGACUCAAUCAGCCAGGUUGGAGGCCAUAGCCACCACGGUGGACGGUCUAGAUCUAGACAUUCGACUCAUAGUCAUGCCCGUUCGCAUCGUUCGCGCUCGCGCUCGCAUCGGUCUUCGCAUUCGCGGGCUUCGAAGAGGGAGCCUUCCGUUCAUUCAAAGGCUGUUUCUAAGGUUGGGUCGAAGAUUGGUUCGGGCUCCAAGGCUGGUUCGAAGUUCGAUGAGCCCGUGAGACCGGCUGAUUCUGUUAGUCAGGUUUCUAGGGCUUCACAGCGGACUGCUAAGGCGCCUGAGAGUCGGAGGGGUAGUCAGGUUGUAUGA